CCGAGUGAAGGAGGGAGGGAGCGAGCGGCAGCAGGAACAGCCACAUAUACUGGGGACAACAGUAACAGGAGCCGCAGCCGCCACAACAGUAACAGCAGCAGGAGGAGGAGACCGCAGCCGGGUUCAUUCUGAUUUCUGUGCUGUAAGAGUGAGACCCACACAGCCCCGGAGAUGCCGCAAAACGAAUAUAUCGAAUUACAUCGUAAGCGAUAUGGAUACCGCUUGGAUUAUCAUGAGAAGAAAAGGAAGAAGGAGAGCCGUGAACCACACGACCGAUCACACAAAGCCAAAAAGAUGAUCGGUCUGAAGGCCAAAUUGUAUCACAAGCAACGCCAUUCAGAAAAAAUACAGAUGAAGAAAACCAUUAAAAUGCACGAACAGAGAAAUACUAAACAGAAGAAUGAUGAGAAGACGCCUGAUGGGGCCGUACCAGCCUAUCUGCUUGACAGAGAAGGACAAUCGCGUGCCAAAGUCCUGUCCAAUAUGAUCAAACAGAAAAGAAAAGAGAAAGCUGGUAAAUGGGAAGUACCUUUACCAAAAGUUCGAGCACAAGGUGAAACUGAAGUUUUGAGAGUUCUUCGCACAGGUAAAAGGAAAAGGAAAGUUUGGAAGAGAAUGGUUACUAAAGUCUGUUUUGUUGGAGAUGGAUUCACCAGGAAGCCACCUAAGUACGAACGAUUCAUCAGACCCAUGGGUUUGCGUUUUAAGAAGGCCCAUGUAACCCAUCCAGAACUCAAAGCAACCUUCUGCUUGCCUAUACUGGGUGUCAAGAAGAACCCAUCUUCACCUCUAUAUACAACAUUAGGCGUCAUCACAAAAGGAACUGUCAUUGAAGUGAAUGUAAGUGAACUUGGCUUAGUCACACAAGGAGGCAAAGUUGUAUGGGGCAAAUAUGCACAAGUAACAAAUAAUCCUGAAAAUGAUGGCUGCAUUAAUGCAGUUCUGCUUGUAUAACUAACUAGUCAUCACAUUGACAAUGGCAUGGACAUUAAACAGACUUAAUCAUUGUAGUCUGGAGCACUGUUUCAAAACAAAAUCGACCAUAUUUGUUCUUUGAAAGAUCCAGAAAAAAAAGCCAUAAUUUCAAUCAGU